UUACUAUCUGAGAGCUGCUGAACGGGAUUCUCCUCCAGCAACCGUAACCAUAUUCAAAAUUCAAUCUGUGCCUUUAAAUGUUCAUGUAAUAAUACAUUUCCGCUGUAACCUGAAUGCAUCAUAAACUCACUGGGUGGAUUGGAUUAAUCUGCAUCUCCAGGGAUUUCUGGGAAGCUCACAUGACACCAACUCGCCAGCUCUAUUGGUCCGAGGCACGUGUCUGAGAGACCCGUAGUACAACGUCAUCACAGCGUCUCGCAGCCAAUCAUAAAUGAGAACAAAAAUCCGUAGUGAAAGUAUUUGAGCGGCGUCUUCAUCAGGCCAGUUAGUUCGGGAAGCAUCACAAAUUGUGUGCAAGGACCCGGAAAAAUUAAAGAGGCCAGACUCUAGUUUUUUAAAAAUCGAUUUACAUUUCUUCGAUGAAAACCUCCGCAGCAGGUCCAGCCAUGAGGAGGAGGCUUUCACCAGAAAGUCAAGCAUGAUUUUUCUUUGUCAAAUUCAUAAGAGGCGCGUUUUCACAGCAAAAGACAAAUCUGCUAUUCUGCCCCAAAAGGAAUUAUUCUAGCUCAUCGACGUGUUUGUUUUUGGAGUCAUAAAUAUAGUAGUCUAAUUAGGUGAUCACUAAGCGGACGGGACAACACGCAAUUGGAAGUACUACUCUGCAGCAGGGCACAGAGAAAGAGGUGCUGAGGGGGAGCAGCUCCAUCAGGAUGGAAGGGAAUGCUCGCCGAGAACCAGAGCGCGCAGAGGACUCCGGAGAGGAGUCCAACCGGGCCAUCCUACCUCUCCUCCAGCCACCUGGACACCAGCUGCACCGGAUCACCAACUUUUACAUCGACAACAUUUUAAGACCGGACUUCGGCCGAAAUAGAAAGGACGGGACUUUGGUCCGGGAUGGAGACAGUCUGGGAGGGAUCAUACGAAGAGAGGAGCAGGCAGGGAGAAAGUCUUCCAAAAUUGGCAACCCGCAGCAGGGUGGAGCAGGAGGCGAGGAGGAGGAAGACACGGGAGCAUCCGACGACCAGCAUCCGGACACUGAGGCCAGGGGGCCUGACCUGAUAGCCGGUGAUGGGGCCGUGAAGAGUCGCGGGGACCGCUGCCGCAGCCCCGAGGCCGGCUCGGCUCCUGCGUCCAAGCCGAUGCUGUGGCCGGCCUGGGUUUAUUGUACCCGCUACUCAGACCGCCCGUCAGCAGGGCCCAGAUCCCGCAAGCCAAAGAAGGACCCGACCCCGAGUAAAGAGGACAAGCGGCCCCGGACGGCCUUCACCGCGGAGCAGCUCCAUCGGUUAAAAACGGAGUUCCAAAACAACCGGUACCUGACCGAGCAGCGGAGGCAGAGCCUCGCCCUGGAUCUUGUCCUUAACGAGUCUCAGAUCAAGAUCUGGUUUCAGAACAAACGGGCCAAAAUCAAGAAAGCCACCGGGAAUAAAAACGCUCUGGCGCUGCAUCUCAUGGCGCAGGGACUGUACAACCACGCCGGGUCCAAGGACGCCAAGUCGGACAGCGAGUAGAGGAGGCCCGGGGACCGGAGGGGGUUCUGAGCCAUGCAAUAAAACCACUCCAGUACCAGCAUUCAUAUUUAAAACUCAAACACAGACGGUAUUGUGACAUUUGCUCUGUGCUUGUGUGUGCGUGCGUGCGUGCGUGCGUGCGGGUUGCAGUAAUGACGAUGUCACAAUCGGAAUUUCCCAUAGAGCACAACAAGCUACAACCCGCAACGUCCUCCUUAAACCAGCUCCGGGUGCGCGAGCGCAAACCUUUGCUGUGACCACGCGACCUCCAUCAUGGUGUGAGUCUGUUAGGACGGCCUCGUGCGUCACAGGUUCACAAAGAGCCCCGGGACCGUGUCAGAAGGCCUACUGGAGUAGUAUUUUCCAGAGCAGCAACAUUGACAAUAGAAUGCAGCACUGUCGGGUCAAGCGCGAGAGGACCGGGUCCAAACACGGGGACACCCGGACAAACCACGGUCAAACGGGACAACUUUAGAAUGGGCCGUGACGGAGGGACACACUGACCUUUGAACCGGCCAACACAGAUGGACCAAGUGUCUGUGCGUGGUCCAAUAGGAGCCUCGAGGCCGGGGAAAGUGGACUGGACAGGCCUGUGUCCCGUAGGCUCGACUGAUUGAUUAUGAAAACUAUAUGCUGAAAUCCAAAGAUUUGUUUUUGCUGCAUUCUGGGAGCUGUGAAGAAAAUAGCCGACUUUGUGUUGUUUGUGUUUUGUACUUGUGCUUUUCCUCUUCACUCUCCCGUCCCCGGCCUCCAGGCCUGUCCGGGCCCCGCGGUGUGGCGAAGGGACGACACGUUUCGUCCCUGGAAUAAAUACAAGUGUCUGUUUAAUUACAAAAUGAGUCCUCGCGAAAGAGCUGGCAAUGAACAGAGCAGCCCAUUCCAGGCUCCACCUGAAUGUACCAAGAUCACAUUCGUUUUGAUUUUGAUUUUCUUUGAAUGCUUAUUUGAACAAAUAAAUGAGCCGAACACUAAAGCCAGCCUCCCAUCAGCAGGACUCUCUCCGCUCCUCUCCGGCCCGGCCCGCCCUGGACCUCGAGUGUCACGUGCUUUUACGAAUGUUCAAGAAAACAGGCAACGUGUACGUGUCGUUAACAAAGACCAUUCUAUUUUUAUUUAUAAAAGGGACAUCUGUAGCCAUGUGGAAACGGGGCUCUGGAGUGUUUACAUAACUUAUUUUCCUGCAAUAACGUGUGUGUUAGAAUGCGACACGUGUCCGGCCUUCUCCCGGUCUAAAUCAUGUGGAUCCAAACCAAACCGUGGUCUUACGAUGCUGUGAAUGUUUAUGUUUAUUUUAUCUACUGAGGUCCAUUUUUCUUACAUUCAAUCCCAAACCUGGACAAGCUUCUGCCUUAAACGUGAGUAAAUACAACCAGGGUAUAUUUACUGUGGGGUAAAGAAAGAGCCGUUUUCUACAAUGACAUUUUGACAUCAGGAUUAUUAAAGAUAAAAUAACAAACACAUUUAGUUGUUUUUUUCCCUUUCAGCCGAGGGUCUCUUUUAUAUGAUGUAAAUAAUUUAUAUCAU